AUGUCUCCGGCGGCGGCGGCGGCGCCACUGGACGACGAAAACCUACUCGCCGAGAUCCUCCUCCGCCUCCCGCCGCUGCCAUCCACCCUCCUCCGCGCCUCCCUCGUCUGCAAGCGCUGGCGCCUCCUCGUCUCCGACGUCCGCUUUUUCCGCCGCUUCCGCGAGCACCACCGCCACAGCCCUCCCCUCCUCGGCUGCUUCGUCGAAGGCGACCGAUGCGUCUCCUACACGCCCACCAUGGAUCCCCCCGACCGCGUCCCCGCCGAGCGCCUCUCGUUGCAGCUCGACGAGACCUGCCACUCCUGGGUCCUCGGCAGCCGCCACGGCCUCGUGCUCAUCUCCCCCAACUCACGGAAUCACGUCCUGGUGUGGGACCCCGCCACCGGCGAGCAGCACCGGAUCGCUUUUCCCCCAGGGUUCGUCGGGGUCGCGAACUCGAUCCACGGGGCGGUGCUUCGCGCCGCCGGCGAGGCCGGCCACUUCCAGGUGAUCUUGGUAGGGGUUGGCGGACAAGACAAGCAACACAUGCGAUUGCUCGCCCGCGUUUACUCGUCGGAGAAAGGCGUCUGGGGUGCUCUCAUCUCACCACUGAUUCCAUUCGAGGGAUAUACUACUAGGGGUAUUUUCGCCAUCUAUUUUCGGGGUUUCUCGGCUCUGAUGCUUGGGAAUUCCUUUUACUGGUGCCUUGGCGGGCGUUCGGAUGCAAUUCUCGAGUUUGAUUUGGAGAGGCAGACCCUAGAUGUGAUCCGAAUACCAUCGUGUCUGUCUGAAGUGGACCUUCUCCAGUUCGCGGUUAUGCGGGCGGAGGGUGGUGGACUGGGUUUACUCUCCAUAUUAGGCUUCACCGCCCAAUUAUGGAAGAGAAAGACUGAUUGUAAUUGUGUUGCAUCAUGGGGGGUGGCAACAACUAUUGAACUGGACAAGCUACUUUCCCUUAAUCCAGAGAAGGAGAGAGUGCAACCCCUGAUAGAAGGGCUUGCCGAGUACAAUAAUGUGGUUCUCCUGACUACAGGUGGUGAUUGUGUCAUCAUGCUGCAGCUUGAGUCACUGCAAUUCAAGAAAUUUUAUGAGACUACCAACGCCUUUUAUCAUCAUCAAUUCGAAAGUGUUUAUUCUGCAGGUAAUAGCUUUGCCUUUAUAACUUAUAAUGAAGUUGUGCUGUAG